UUGUGUCAACAUGUCGGAUAAUGAAGACUUGUUGGCUGACGAUUUAGGGGACCAUAGCCUUGCAGAUUAUAACCUUGGCAAUGAAGAGGAGGAUCAACUCUUAGCUGAUGACUACGAAAGCGGUCCCCAGAACGUUCCAACGUCGAUAGAUCCAAACUACAAUGAUGGAAGUGAUAUUAGCUCUUCAGAAUUCUCAGGACAUGGCAUGCCAUACAGUCAACAACCAUAUCAACCUCCUGCAGAAGAAUGUGUGGUUCCCAACAUAACUGUAGAGGUGCCCAACAUUCCGGACAGACCCAUCCAGGACCGCUCCACUUAUGCCCCUUAUGAGCCUCCUGUCUAUGAACCAGAGCUUGCUGUGGUACCACCUGCAAUUCCUGCCGCACCUAUUGAAUCUCCACAAAUAGUGCCAUCAGAACUGAGUGUUACUGUCCCAAAUGGCGACAACCGCGAACGGUUCCUCUCUGAGCGGCCUCCCGGUGCCCAGCGAACUCCGCAACUUCGUGAUAUUCCUGAUUCUCUAGACAAAGUGUUCGUGCCGCGCGGCGGGUACAGCGGCGGGCGCGGGCGCACGUCGUGGCGCAGCGCGCAGUUCCAGGCGCGCUUCCAGCAGCCCUACAACAACGCCUACCGCCGCCACAACGUGCACCGGGGCAAUUUCCUUCAACAACGUCCCUCAUUCCCUCCGCCCCAAGUGCGACCAACUCCCCCUCAAAUCAGACCGGAACCAAGGCCAGAACAAAUACGGCCAGAUAUUCGACCAGACCAAAUCCGACCACCUGUCCGACAUGAGCAAAUCCGCCCAGAUAUUCGGCCCGACAAUAGACCUCAACCUAGACCGGAAAUGCGAUCAGAACCCAUGCCCCCUAUGGGACCAGAAAUCUCCCCAGAAAGACCAAUAAUCCAAGAACCUUUUAGGCCCAUGGAAAAUCGGCCUCCAUUCCAGAACUUCCAAAGAUUCCCAUUCAGACCAAACAUGGAAGAGCCGCGUCCAAACUUCGGUCCGAUGAGGCCUAACUUUGAGCCUAGAUUCUUCCAGAGACCUCAAUUCAAUCCGAGACCAUUUGGUCCCCCAGUCAGAGAAGUCGUUCCUAACAGCCAACACAUGCCUCAGAUAACGAUUAGGCAACCACUGCCAGGCUUGCCACUGCCCGCUAACAUACCGAAGCUUGAUGAAUUUGGGCCGAAACCGCCAGGAAGAGAGCCCGAAGUGAGGAUGUUACCAGUUCAACUGCCGCCUACCUUGCCUGGAGCAUUGGCUGGGAAGAAAGUUCUUAUCAACCCGCAUUUUAAAGGAAAUUUUCAACCGCCCGUUGAAGCCACGAUGCGGGCAGGGUUGGCGCUGCCCACGUACAUUCCCACGCGCAUUCAAAAGUCGCCACCCUUGAGCCCUACGCUGGAAAACAAAUUCGGUCCCAUCAAGGAUAUCGACGACGCCGCGGAGCGGUUCAUCGCGGAACAGAGAAACGCGCUGGCGCGGGCCGCCAGUAGGAAGUUCCCAAGGCGAUCUCCUCAAAGAUAUAUAGAGAACACGACAAUAGAGAUCGAGAACGAGCUGGCUCCGGAAGCGACCUCGUGGCGCGGCGACGACGACCUGCUGCGGCGCCAGGAGGAGUUCAUCAACGCCAACCGGCAGGGCCUGCGCCGCCGCAUGCGGUCCCCGACGCCGCCGCGCCGCUCGCCGCCGCCGUCGCCGCCGCGCCACAGCCCCGAGCGCCGCCGCGCCGACCGCGCCGACCGCGCCGACCGCGCCGAGCCGCGCCGCCCGCCUGACGAGGAGAGCGAGUACCGGCGGCGCGUGCGCGAGCAGGAGAGCCUGCGCGAGCGCGUGCUGCGCGCCAAGGAGGUGCGCCGCAGGAAGAACGCCGUGCAGCUGCACAAGCAACUGCAGGACAAAGAGCGCGAACGCAACGAAGCCAAAGAGCCUAAGCCUGACCCGCCGCCAGAAAGUAAACCCGCUCCUUCUCCAGACAAACCUUCAACAACCAGCCCGGAGCUGGAUAAACCUGAUACGACACGGUCUUCUCCGGAAAGGAAGGCAAAACCUGAGGUUGUGAAGAGAGACCGGUCACCAGUGAAGGAGGAAGCGGCAGAAGUCAAUUCUACUUGCGAAAACCUGACACCACCACGCGCGUCGCCCGAGCGCGCUCUGACGCCGCCCUUGCCCGAUAAGAGCAAGGAGAGGCGCUGCAGCGAGGACGAUGAUCUAGCCUUCCUGCUCGGCGACAUCGACGACAUGCUCAGCGACGACGAGGACAGCGGCCGCUUCAAGGAGAAAACUAACAAACCGGAGGUGGCGCCUCCCAAGCCGGCGGUGGACCUGCGCUCCAAGCUGCCACCGCGGCUGCCCCGGCAGAAGAUCGUCUUCGACGAUGAAAAGCCCAAGAAGAGGAGAGAAAAAUCUCCUCCAGCUAAGAAACCGACUGUGACAAGCUCUACCAAAAUCGAUACUGAGACUCCUCAGAAAAAAGUUGUUAAGCCAAAACAAACGACGGAACAGAUUACAAACAAAUCUCGACAGAGAAUAAUAUUUGAAAACAAAGAGCUUGAAAAAGAGAAAGAGGAGGACAAAUCCAAGGCUUUCACGCGCCGCGUCGUCCUACAGCGCAAAGUCACUCAGACUAAAGAGAAAUCCGUGUUCUCGCGCAUCGAGGUAAACGACCCUAGCAAGCCCAACCCGGGCAUCUUCAGCCGCGCCGUGCGCACCGCCAUCGGCACGGACAAGCCGCGCAUCGUCAUCAAGCGCGACGAGCCCGAGAUCGAGUACGAGAGCGGCUCCGACGACGACCGCCUGCUCGACGAGGACAGCGGCCUCGUCGCCAGCGUCACCAACCUCCCGCACGGGAUCACCGACACCAGGUUGAAAACGUUAGCGGGGAGUGACGUGCAGAGCUUAAUUUUGGACAAGGAAGAUCGCAGCGCCAAGAUCACGUUCAAGAGCACCGUGGCGGCCGGCGCCUUCCGCAAGAAGUUCAACAACAAAAUGGUGGCCGCCAGCCGCCUUACCGUCACCUUACUUUAGUCACACUACUUACUUUAUUUCAAUACGUUAUAUGCUUUUUCUUUUUCAUUUAAGUGCAAAGUUUCAUUGUAUAAUGUAAAAUUAUUUUACUCAUUUAUUAAAAACUAUUUAGAGGCAGAUUUAUUUCAAUCAGUUGUACCUCUCUAAAUGUCACCUAGAUGUUUUUGAGAUAGUAUGCCGUAGGUUCUUUUUUUUCUUCAGAUAAUUUUUCAAAUAUACGUAACACUUUUACACUGCAGUGAGAUGUGCUAUAAAAUAAAAUAAAUAUAGUAAAAAACCUUGAAAUAAUGUAUACACCUAGUAAAAUUUUUAUUUUUAAGUAAAUUAUUAUUUACGUCUGCUUUUACUAAACCCAUUGACUGACUUGGAAUCAAAUCUUUGAAAUGUAUGAGUACUGAAAUUAAUUACAUGGUCAUAUUAUAAAAUUGUAUGUCAUUUUUUAUUAGAAAACAACUGUCAUUAUAAUAGAAUGAAUGGUUAAAACAUUGAUAUACGUAUAACACAACGCUCAACAGGCAAAUUUUGUGAAAUUUAGGCCUCACGGCAAUCUAAUUCUAAUAAGCUUCUUUUGGGUUUAGCUUGAUGAAACAUUAUUUACAUUUUGUAUUAGUUCCUUGUUAAUUGUAAUAUUAUCGCAUUUUUUUGUCUUUGUGAAAAUUAUGGCACACAAAACACUAAAUUACUACAAAACUUCAAUAUUUUGCAUUUUAAGUGUGAGAAUAAAACAAAAUACGAAUUAUAGCUUAGGCCUGACCUGAUUAUGAAGUCUUUAGUGAUAGCUUAAUUGUACCUAUCAUGUGACUAUACAAUGUUAAAAACCAUGUGUGUUGUCUAACUCAAAGCAUGAAAAAAAAAUGUAGGUAUAUGUUGCAUAUUUUAUGAAGCCAUCUCCUAUUGUAUUGACAUAUCUUAAUGUAGAUAAAUUACCUCUACUUUAUGAUUGACAUGUGUUUUUAUUAUCCAUAAAUUUUCCUGCCGUCGAUAUUUUUAAACCCAUUAUCUAAUAGUAUGAGGCUUCUAAUAUGAAAAUAGUAUUUCUUUUCUGACAGACUUACCAGACUCAUGUGUCAAUCGCAAAUUAGAUGUAACCAAGGUAUACACAUAUACCAUUAUUUGUACAACAUCGGUACAGUAAGCAAAUAUUUCAGUUUCUUUGUUAAAAAAGUUAUAGGUAUGUAUAGAAUACGAGUUUAUUUUUUCAUAAGAUUGAGCGAAUCUAUGUUAAAUCUGCACCCCAAUAAAGUUAAUUGUAUUCGGUCUCAAAAUUAAUGCUAAAUUUAUAUUAGUUACAGUCUGUUAUUUUCUUAUCAAUAUAUUAAAGGGCAUGGCUAUUUUUAUUUAACAAAUGUUUUGCCUGCUCAGUCCGAAUAUAAAAAUAACAAGUAAAUACAUUUUUUUAGAUGACUAUUACUAAUGCAAAAUUGUCUCUUAGUUUAUAGUUCAUACAAUAAUUUGUUGUAUCUAGUUUUACACAAAUACUAACAAUAAAUGGUUAACAUUUCAUACAAAUAGUGAGUAUUGUGUUUGUAUUUGCAACAUUAAUUGUAUAAUAAUCAUGACACUUGUGAAUAGUUGCUAUGCCUAGUUAUAUAUUUUGCUAUAAAGGGUAGCAACAAUACAAAUUAUAACUUCUAUUUUCGAUACCAUCAUUUCAUCUUAAUGAAAGUUGCAUUUAUACUAAAGUUUACAACGUGUCUCUGUUUCUGGACAAAAUUACUAAAAGUUAGUGAAUGUAGGAAGAACAAUAUUCAUUCUGUAUUUUACAGUAAUUACGUAAUCACUUUAGCACGACUGCUGUGGAUUUUGAAUAAGCUCUCCACUCUUGUUUUCGUUGAAAUGACUACUGCAAUUUGUGUGACUGUGUUAAUACUAUCAUUAAUUUGGUAAAACGUUACAUAGAGUUUUAUUGAUUUCAUUAUUUGUCCAGAGGAUUAUGAUACCUCAUUCAAAAUAUUUAGAAGUAGUAGUUAAAUUAACUAUCAACAAAACGUGCAAUUAGCUAUUUUUUUAUAAUUUGGUAUGCAGGGACUAUUGGACUAUAAUUUAAUGUCACCAUGUUAGAUUUUAAGACAUUUAAUUUUGUUGUAUUAAGCUAUUAAUGCAAGAAUGAAUGCAAGUUUUUAAUGUAAGUUUAACAUAUAUCUUGAUGUGAGAAGACAGACAAAGGACAUGUCAACACAAAGUUAGUGUUGCAUUAGGCCAACAGAUGUAAUACAUAGUUGCUUCCACAUGUAACCGCUGUUCAAUAAACCAUUAUGUUCAA